CUCCUCCCCUCCCCCACCCCUCCCUCCUCUGACCCCAACCAAACCCAGAAGACUUAGGAGAAAGACGGAGGGAAUUUUCCUGGAGGGCAGUGGACCAGGCCGAGCUUAGACAGGGCUGCCCACGUGUUCGCGUGGCGGUCUCUCACACCCCAGGUCCCCUGAGCUCGACUACAGAUUGCCUCGGGAAGGAAAAGGCGUCCGCCUGGGCGCUGACCUAGAGGGGUGGGGGAGGAUCCCCUCUGGACCGGGCUCGGCCUCUGAGGAGGGGCAGCAGAGUGGGGCACAUUUCCUUGCUCCCCCUCCUACAUUCCCCCAACUCCGAGGGCCGGAGCAGCUUGGAGUGGCCUAGAGAACCCAGACUUGGAAAGUGCGGGAGAGGAGGGUCCCUCCCCCUGCUGGAGGGCUUGGCCCUUCUCUGGAGUGAUGUGACUGACAGGUCACUAAUGAAGUUAAGUGCGCCUGAAAUGGAAUUGGCAUUCACACCCUACACACCACUUUAUUAGGAAAUAUAUCGCAUUAUUGUUAUGAUUUUAGUGUUUUUGUUUUUAAACAGCUUAGUCAUUCUCCAGCAUGGGGGGAACGGGUAAGUUUCCUGGCACAGGUCCAUCUAGAUUUGCUUUUUAGAGUAACCCUAGGGAAAAGAAAACAUUUUUGGGGGGGAAGAGUCUUUACCUGGGAUCUGCAACCUGUUUUUUAAACUAUUUUGACCAUUGCAUUUCAAUAUACUUCCUAAUCCUAUGUGUUUUGUUUUAUACAUUCAAAAACAUUUUGAGAAGAGGUGUCCACAAGCUUCUCCAGACUGUCAUAAAGGUCCAGGACACAGAAGAAGGUUAAGUUUUGGUAGACUUCUUGGAGUGGAUUAUUUCUUGAAUCCUCUCUAAGAACCUCUCAUAAACUACACUGUAAAGAGGUAUCCUUCAAGCCCUUUAACCUCUCUAGCAAAGAGGCUAGUUGAAUUUCCAGUGGUGGAUCCUCAGCCACCUCUAUACGUGGAAGUAGCAACUCUUCACCCACUUCCUAGUCUCCUGUAAAAAAUCUUUCCUUUCUUCAAGGCCCAACUUUGAUGAUCCAACAAGGUUCCAUUUCUUUACUGAAGCCUGAAGCCUUCUUUGACUCCCCUACCCCAAGUUAAAAAAAAAAUGUUCAGCAGCAGCGACGGCUAUAGCAGCAACAUGAAGAGGAUAAACAGUAGCCUUUCCAGUGAUGACCUUAUUCUGGAGGACUUGGAGACAGAGGGAGAGAGGCAGCUAAGAAGCCUUCUUCACCAUCAGCUCGAUACUUCUGUUUCUGUUGAGGAAUGUGUAUCUAAGAAGCAAUGCUUUGCUCCUGCUGCAGUGUACAAGCCCUUUGGUGAGGAGGCAGCUGGGGUUUUGAGCUUGUCCCAGUUUCAGGCACUACAGAAGAGUGACCAGGAAAUCGCAUCUCUGAGGGACUUGGGUCUUACUGAUAGAGAAAUCAUGCUAUGGAAAAAUCGUGCUUCAUUAGAGAGGGGUACAGGGCUGGGAGCAACCCCUGAAGCAACACAGGACUGUCUUCGAGACAUUGAAGAGAAGAUCUCGGAGCAUCAGCGCAUCCUGGCUUUGCCACAGAGGUUUGCAGGGUGUAAACAGCUGAGCCGACGGGAGAUGGAAAUAGAAAAGGCUUUGUUUCAGGGGAAUGAUCGCCAUUCCUUCUUGAGGGCUCUCUAUUACCAAGGUGAAUCCCAUAAGAGACUAGAGGCUGAGAAGGACCCCAUUAAUAAUCUGGAGACUGUUUACCAAGAGAUGAUGGCCAAACCCCAUCUCAAAGAAGCUCAGCUUAUGAGAGAUGAACCUUUUGCUUGCCCUUUAUUGGACUCACAUGCAUUAGCGGACAGUAGUGUCACAGCUAAGAACUUGUCAGUACUUGAAGCUCAAGGAAACCAGGCAGCACAGGCCAAGGGGCCUAGCCUCUGUGUGGUAAAAGUUAUUGAAUCUGAGGCACAACAAUAUCUUACUGAGCCCAAGAAGUUGACAGAAGUAGUGGAAUUUGUCCCAGAAGAUGAGAUUGAGAGGAACCGUCUGUCACAAGAGGACAUCCGAAAAAUACCUAUGUUUGCUUCUUACAGUCCUGGAGAGCCAAACAAAGUACUGUAUUUAAAGAACCUUAGUCCUCGGGUGACUGAGAAGGAACUUGUCUCCUUGUUUGCUAGGUUCCAGGAGGAUAAAGGAACUCCAAUUCAAUUCCGAGUGUUGACUGGCCGCAUGAAGGGCCAGGCCUUCAUCACCUUCCCCAGUACGGAGAUGGCCCAGCAGGCAUUGCUUUUGGUGAAUGGAUACAACCUCCUGGGGAAAACACUGGUGAUAGAGUUUGGCAAACACAAAAAGCAGAGGGCAGGGCUGCAUUUGGCACCCCCUACCCCACAUGUGACACACAACAUGACAGAACAAGAUGAGAACUAAAAGAAAUGGAUCAGGGGGUUCUUUUGUGUUCUUCCUUGUAUUUGCAACUUACUUCUAGGAUCUGUUUAUAAAAGACCAUCUCAUAGGAGAGAGUGAUCAUAAAGCACCUAAGACAGUCCUUUUCAAGUGUUCAUUCUGGGUAAUUGUUGGAAGCAUUUCCCUCAAUGAGAGACCAUAUGGGAUAGAGGAGAUACUGAGAAUAAAGUUUGCCCUCCAGAGGGUAAGAUAGAA